AAAACUCGCUGUCAAAACUGUCACAAUGACAUUCGAUGAAACACAACAUCUAGCUGUUCUUUUCCGGUAAAAUCGUCCGCCAUGGGUCGUGUUAGAACCAAGACAGUCAAGAAGGCCGCUAAGGUCAUCAUUGAAAAAUACUACACCCGCUUGACUUUGGAUUUCCAUACCAACAAGCGUAUCUGCGAAGAAGUCGCUAUCAUCCCCACCAAGCCCUUGAGAAACAAGAUUGCCGGUUAUGUUACACAUUUAAUGGGCCGUCUCCGCCACUCCCAAGUUCGUGGUAUCUCCAUUAAAUUGCAAGAAGAAGAACGUGAACGUCGUGAUAACUACGUUCCUGCCGUCUCUGCUUUGGAACAAGAUAUCAUUGAAAUUGAUCCUGACACCAAGGAGAUGUUGAAGCUCUUGGACUUCCACAACAUUCGUGGUCUCCAAUUGACUCAAACCUCUACCAACAACUACAGCCGUAGAAAUUAGAGUUUAAGUUCACGUUCUAGCUGAAAAGAGAUAAUUCCUGUUUUGUGGAAUCCAUUCUUUUUUUUUUAUUUCAUGGAUCAAUAAAAAAGAAAAACCUAAUUUGACAAAAAAAGGAA